GUGACCUUCUUGCUGUUGCAGAAACGGCGUCGAGGAGGACCAAACGGCGAGGAUUAAAAGUCACUUAUCCACCCGUGACUUGCAGACCGGGACGCGGAUAUACUGUGUCAGUGAAAUAUGGAGCUGAGGGCGGUGUGUGUGCUGCUCUGGACCAGCUGUGUGCUCCGCUGUGGUGUCGCUCACCAGGACUUCUUCACCUCCAUUGGUCAGAUGACAGACCUGCUGUUCACGGAGAAGGAUCUGGUCACCUCCCUAAAGGACUACAUCAAAGCUGAGGAGAGCAAGCUGGAGCAGGUCAAGCAGUGGGCUGAGAAGCUGGACUCUCUGACCCUAACGGCCACACAGGACCCCGAGGGCUUCCUGGGUCACCCAGUGAACGCCUUCAAACUGAUGAAGAGGCUCAACACUGAGUGGGGCGACCUGGAGAACCUCGUCCUGAAGGACAUGUCUCAACGGUUCAUCUCCAACCUGACCAUCCUGAGGCAGAACUUCCCCAACAAGGAUGAUGAGACGGGCGCAGCCAAAGCUCUGCUCCGCCUACAGGAUACCUACAAACUGGACACACACUCCAUCUCUACGGGCAACCUGCCAGGUGUGGACCUGGGCAAGCUGCCCUACAAGAGCACCAUGACGGUGGAGGACUGCUUCGAGCUGGGCAAGGUGGCGUACUCGGAGUCCGACUACCACCACACGGAGCUGUGGAUGGCGCAGGCGCUACGGCAGCUGGACGAGGGCGAGAGCACGGAGGUGGACGAGGCCGCCGUGCUGGACUACCUCAGCUACUCCGUCUACCAGCAGGGGGACCUGGAGACCGCGCUCGACUACACCCGCAGGCUGCUGCUCAUCGACCCGGGCCACCAGCGGGCCAACGGGAACCUGAAGUACUUUGAGUACCAGCUGGCCAAGCAGAGGGAGGCGGAGGAGGCGGAGAAGGGCGAGAGAACGAGGGAUGGAGUGGCGCGCGGGAAGAGGGAGGUGGAGAGCGACGCGGCGGACGACGACUUCCAGCCUGAGAAGAGGAAGUACGAGCGACUGUGCAGAGGAGAGGGCCUGAAGAUGACUCCUCGGAGACAGAGCCGUUUGUUCUGCCGUUACUUUGACAACAACCGGCAUCCGCGCUACAUGAUUGGCCCAGUGAAGCAGGAAGACGAGUGGGACCGCCCCCACAUUGUCCGUUUCCACGACAUUGUUACUGACGGAGAGAUCGCUAAGGUCAAACAGUUGGCCAAACCACGGCUGGCCAGAGCCACCAUCUCCAACCCCAUCACAGGUGUGCUGGAGACCGCCCACUACCGCGUCAGCAAGAGUGCAUGGUUAGUUGAGAAUGAGCAUCCUGUGGUGGACCGUAUCAACCAGCGGAUAGAAGAUCUCACAGGACUUGAGGUCAGCACAGCAGAGGAACUCCAGGUGGCAAACUAUGGAGUGGGAGGCCAGUAUGAGCCUCACUAUGACUUUGGCCGUAAAGAUGAGCCUGAUGCCUUUAAGGAGUUGGGCACAGGAAACCGCAUAGCCACAUGGCUCCUCUAUAUGAGCGAUGUGGCAGCAGGGGGCGCCACAGUCUUUACUGAAGUGGGUGCUGCAGUAAGACCCAUGAAGGGCACAGCAGUGUUCUGGUAUAAUCUCUUCCCCAGCGGUGAGGGCGACUACAGCACGCGCCACGCAGCCUGCCCAGUGCUGGUGGGCAACAAAUGGGUGUCCAAUAAGUGGAUCCAUGAGCGGGGUCAGGAGUUCCGUAGACGCUGCGGUCUCGAUGAGCUGGACCGGAACAGCCCUGUUCUUCCUCAUCUUCUUCAUCAUCUCCUGUGAUCUUGCUCCUUCUGAAGUGCUCUUCUCACACACACACACACACACACACACACACACACACACACACUCACCAUUCAGCCAUGGCGUUCACCUUUUAGUCACCUCCACACCAUGUGAUUUGUCACAUUUAUUUUUAUCCUGGACAGGAGUGUGUGUGUCUGACUGUGUUUAUGUGUAUGAGUGUGUGCACACGUGUGAGUCUGUUUUUGCGCGCUCACGUGUGUGUGUGUGUGUGUGUGUGUGUGUGUGUGUGUGUGGGGUGGGGGUCCAGUGUGUGUGUGUGUCAUUUCAGUGCCUCUGCCCCUGGUCUCUGUAGAGACUGCCCUUCCUCCAACCUCCUCAAUUUUAAUUGUCUACAUUCACGUCUUACCAAACGCCACACAACACUCCCUUCUUUUGAAUUCUACUGAAGUUAACACUCCACGCCUUUAACUCUAUGGAAAUUAACACUCCACGCCUUUAACUCUAUGGAAAUGAACACUCACAUGCUUUUAACUCAGUGAAAUUAACUCUCUCCUAUUAUGAACUCUUUGGAAAUCAACACUCCACUCUUAGCUCUACAGGAGUUAACACUUCUCUUUACAGAACUCUCUCUCUCUCUGUCUCUCUCUCUCUCUCUCUCUCUCUGCCCCCCCCCCCUCUCUUCUACUUGAGUUGUGUUGAGUGGUGGUGAAUGCCGCAGCUUUUUCUUCUCCUAAAUCCCUCCCCUAACUCAACGAAUGUGCCGCCACACUCCUGCCCACUUCGGGUCUGCGGCCCCUAGUUGGAGCUCCGCCUUUGCACUGUCUGGAUUGGUGUAGGAAUGCUAAACUAGAUGUCAGUCUUACUUGCGGUUGUCACAGACACACACACACACACACACACACACAGACACAGACACACACACACACACACACACACACACACACACACACGGCCCACCCACAUCGGAUGACCGGUGUGCUGAACCUGUGUCUGGCUCAGCUGACGCUAAACAGAUUAGCUGGAUGCCUCCAGGUACACUAGUCUUCCGUGAGUGUGUGUGUGUGUGUGUGUGUGUGAGAGAGAGACAGUGUGUGAGUGUGUGAGAGAGUGAGGGAGAGAUUACUGCAGGAGCUUAAGUGGGUGAUUAUCUUCUGGACUUGGGGGGGUGUGUGUGUGGCAGCGUGACAGACAGUCCCUCUGCGCUCUAGUGCUACAUCAGAUAUGUCCCUCCCUCCUCUCUCUCUCUCUCUCUCUCUCUCUCUCUCUCUCUCUCUGUCCAUCCCACCCUCUCUCCUCCCCCUCUUCCCCCCCCUCUCUGAUCACUCUAGACCAACCCUGAGGUCGUUCACUCCAGGGAACUUGUAAACACGGACCUUUGAAGCCAAAAGUACAUUAUGUCUCUCUCUCUCUCUCUCUCGGUCUCUCUCUCUCUCUCUCUCUCUCUCUCUCCCUCCCAUCACUCUGCUUCCAAACCGGAGAGCUCAAAGUGCAGUACCAUUGAUUUUCAAUGACCCCCCCCCCCACACACACACACACACACACACACACACACACGCACGCACGCACGCAUGCACGCAUACACACACACACACACACACACUGCACUAAGUAGAGGAUGGAGGAUAUAGCAGGACUUCCCUCCAUCGCCUGAUAUCCGAUACCCCAUUCUAUUGCCCUGGCCUGAUGCCUGUCUCACCUGCCUGAUGUCUGUCUCACCUGCCCUCUCUGUUAUUAUUACUCCUCACCCCAAAACCCUUCUACCCCAUUCUAUUGCCCCAUUCUAUUGCCCCGGCCUGAUGUCUGUGUCACCUGCCCUCCUCACUGUCUCUCUUACAGUACGCUUCCACUCCAACUCUAAAGAUAGUUACCCUGACUUACCCCAUACUCCUGACGUAAUUACCCCUCAGCAUACUGCUGCUCCUCUCACCUCUUACCCCCCAUACCCCACCCUUUUCCUCCCCCUGUUGCCCCCAACAGCCCUCUUACCCCACGCUCAUGACCUCCAUCACUCUGCUGUGUGCCCUUUGACCUGUGACCUGUGGGAUUGACCUUCACCGUGUCCUCGGGGCGUGAGGCCACUGUAUUAUUUUAGUUUUUAAGGUUUGUUUUUUUUUUAUUGUUUUUUAACAAAACGGUGUUUUAAAGAUGCGUGCUCGUCUGUGAGGAGCACAGACUGUGGAUUAUAUAUCUAUUUUUUUGGGUGUGUGAAUGGACGGAUGUUUUCUACUGAAAUAAAAAGUCUAUGCUCAAGA